CGAAACUUCAUGGUUCGUGCGAAUAGCGAACUACAGUAGGAUCACCAGACAAAGAUGUUCGUGCGAUCAUUAACGGCAAAGCUGAAACAGAAAACGAGCAAGACAUCGAACCUCAACUAUGUUCCCUUCUUGAUCGAUAUUCUCAACCACUCUUUCACGAACUCUUCACUCUCUCACGUUCACUUCCCUUCAGACAUUUCCCAAACGAACUCCCUCAUCGCCUCUUACGUUCGCCGAGGCGACCCUGUCUCCGCAUUGACCCUCUUUCAUUCUCUCCGUCGUCGCGCGCAUUCCGAUGUCGUCGCCGACGCCUACACCUUCACCUCCAUCUUGCGCGCUUCUUCUCUCUUGCGUGUCUCCGGACAAUUCGGGACGCAAGUCCACGCCCAGAUGCUCAAAACCGGCGCUGAUUCCGGAACCGUGGCGAAAACCGCGCUGCUUGACAUGUACUCGAAAUGUGGGUCUUUGGAUGAAGCAACAAAGGUGUUUGAUGAAAUGCGUCACAGAGAUGUUGUUGCUUGGAAUGCCCUGCUUUCGUGUUUUUUGAGGUGUGAUCGUCCCGUUGAGGCUUUUGGGGUUCUGAGAGAGAUGGGGAGGGAGAAUGUGGAGCUUAGUGAGUUCACUUUGUGUUCCGCGUUGAAGUCUUGCGCUUCGUUGAAGGCGUUGGAGCUUGGGAGGCAGGUUCAUGGUUUGGUGGUGUGUAUGGGGCGUGACUUGGUUGUUUUGAGCACUGCUCUUGUUGAUUUUUACACCAGUGUUGGGUGUGUUGAUGAUGCUUUGAAAGUGUUUUACAGUUUGAAGGGUUGUUGGAAGGAUGAUAUGAUGUAUAACUCGAUGGUUUCUGGGUGUGUUAGGAGUAGGAGGUAUGAUGAGGCUUUUAGAGUUAUGGGUUUUGUGAGGCCCAAUGCUAUUGCACUCACUAGUGCUCUGGUGGGUUGCUCUGAGAAUUUGGAUUUGUGGGCAGGGAAGCAGAUUCACUGUGUUGCGGUUCGUUGGGGUUUUACUUUCGACACUCAGCUGUGCAAUGCCUUGUUGGAUAUGUAUGCGAAAUGCGGGAGGAUUUCGCAGGCUCUGUCGGUGUUUGACGGAAUUUGUGAGAAGGAUGUGAUUUCUUGGACUUGUAUGAUUGAUGCGUAUGGAAGAAAUGGGCAAGGACGUGAAGCUGUUGAGGUGUUUCGAGAAAUGAGGGAGGUUGGAAGUAAGGUGUUGCCAAAUUCUGUGACUUUUUUGUCUGUUUUAUCUGCCUGUGGUCACUCUGGACUGGUGGAGGAAGGGAAAAAUUGUUUCAAAUUGUUGAGGGAGAAGUAUGGUCUUCAACCGGAUCCGGAGCACUAUGCUUGUUACAUAGAUAUCUUAGGUCGAGCGGGUAAUAUAGAAGAGGUAUGGUCUGCAUAUCACAACAUGGUUGUGCAAGGUACUAGGCCUACUGCAGGAGUAUGGGUAGCAUUGUUGAAUGCUUGCAGUCUUAAUCAGGAUGUUGAAAGAGGUGAAUUGGCUGCAAAGCAUCUCUUGCAGUUGGAACCCAAUAAAGCUAGCAAUAUUGUGCUUGUAUCGAAUUUUUAUGCAGCCAUUGACAGGUGGGAUUGUGUGGAAGAGCUGAGAAGCAUCAUGAGGACAAAAGGGUUGGCCAAGGAAGCUGGGAAUAGCUGGAUCAAUGUUCCAGGCUUCAAUCGACAUGCCAUAUCACUAUCUGCUUGAUUGUUCAGCUAAACAACUAGGAGUAGUGACUCAUCUGAAGCAGCAUUUCAACAUUUCAAGUGAGUUUGAGUACUGAAAAUGGUUUCAAUUUGGAGGUUGAAGAAGUUCUGCUUGGUGGAGCCGGUGAUUGUGAAGUCCUCUUUCCCUUGGUUUUCAAUCUUUUGAAGAAACGAAGAAGGACGAGAGCAUUGUUACAAAUGAAGUGGAAGGGAAUAAGAGGGAAAAGAAGCAUGAGUGGAGGUGCAUUGAUUAUUGCUUUUGGAUGAUAGGGUACAUGUGCACCACUUGGUGGCUUCUCUCUUUGGUGUAUGGGUGCUUGCCUGCCACGUUGUUUGGCUUUGAGGCACCAGAGUCACCUGGGGUAAGGCUAAGCCGUGAGGGAGUCACUGCACUUCACCCAGUUGUUCUUGUACCGGGCAUUGUGAUUGGUGGGUUGGAGCUUUGGGAAGGGAGGUCUUGUGCUGAAGGACUUUUCAGAAAACGGUUGUGGGGUGAUAGUUUUGUUCAAAUCCUCAAAAGACCUUUGUGCUGGUUAGAGCAUCUCUCCUUGCAUGAUGAGACUGGGCUGGACCCUCCAGGCAUUAGAGUCAGGGCAGUGCCAGGGCUUGUUGCUGCUGAUAAUUUUGCUUCUGGUUAUCUUCUUUGGGCAGAUUUGAUUGAAAAUUUGGCAAGAAUUGGUUAUGAAGGGAGGAAUUUGUUCAUGUCUGCCUAUGACUGGAGACUGUCUUUCCAGAAUACUGAGGAAAACUACAGAUGAAAUCAAUGAUGAAUUGCAAUCACACUGUGGUAUGGAACUGCCUACCAGGCUUUCAUAUUCAUUGUUGAAAGAAAAGAAUGUGAUAUUUGCUUUUAAUUUCACGAGAGAUGAUAUAGGUGUACUUUCUCUUCAUUUUAUUCUCCCAAUCUCACCCUUUUUUCUUUUUGGAACCUUUUCCCCCCUCGGUAUUUCUUUCCUUUCCUUCCUUUCCGUUCCUAUUACCUAAAUUUAAGUUGAAAUCAUGCAUGGUCGGCAUCUUUGCAGAAACAAGUUUCAGCUAAUUGUUUUUGAAUUGGACAAAUCAGAUUCGAGACCAAGCUCUUAGUAGAUUGAAGAGUCAUAUUGAGCUUAUGUUUGUAACAAAUGGCUAUAAGAAAGUGGUAGUGGUACCACAAUCUAUGGGGGCUAUUUAUUUUCUCCAUUUCCUAAAAUGGGUUGAGACACCUCCUCCCAUGGGAGGAGGCGGUGGUGGUCCAGGUUGGUGUGACAAGUACAUCAAAGCAAUCAUGAAUAUUAGCCCUGCAUUUCUUGGUGAUCCUAGGGCAGUUAGCAAUAUAUUUUCAACCGAAGGCAGUGUUACAUUUGUCAGAGCUUUGGCUUCUGGCAUUUUAAAUUUUGAUUACCUUGGUCGUCAAACUCUUGAGCGAGUUAUGCGGGUGUGUAGAACGUGGGAUUCAAUCAUCUCAUUGAUGCCAAAAGGUGGUGAAACCAUCUGGGGUGGCUUGGAUUGGUGUCUUGAACAAUGGAAUACCUAUGAUCAGGAAAUUUCAUGGGGAAGCAAUUCUGCUACCUUUAACUUAUCAUGUGAGGCUGUGUGGACUGAUUAUGAUGAGAUGAGCAGAGAAAGCAUCCAAAAAGUUGCUAAAAAAAGGGAUUAUACUGCGAGUACAGUUUUUGAUCUACUUAACUUUGUGGCUCCAAAAAUGAUGAAGCGUGGUGAGGCUCACUUCUCUCACGGAAUAGCAAAGAACUUAGAUGAUCCAAAAUAUGCUCACCACAAAUACUGGUCUAAUCCUCUUGAGACCAAACUACCAGAUGCUCCGGAUAUGGAAAUAUACUGUCUAUAUGGCGUUGGAAUUCUGACUGAAAGAUCACAUAUACACAAGUUCUCCACUUCUGAAAAGGACAAGAGUAUUCCUUUCCAAAUUGAUAGUUCAGUAGAUAGAGAAGAGGAGGGAAGUUGGUUACAAAAUGGUGUUUAUUAUGUGGAUGGUGAUGAGAGUGUGCCUAUUGUAAGCUCUGGUUUCAUGUGUGCCAAAGGAUGAUGCGGAAGAACACGGUUCAAUCCAACUGGCAUGGCUACAUAUACAAGAGAGUAUCAGCUCAAACAACCAAGUAGAUUUUUCGAUAGGACAAGCCUAGAGAGUGGAGCAAGUUCCAACAUUAUGGGAAAUGCUGCCUUAAUUGAAGAUGUUUUACUAGUAGCUGCUGGAGCCACUGGAGUAGAUAUUAGAGGUGAUAGGACAUUUUCAGAUAUAAUGAGGAUGUCUGAUAGGAUAAUUCUCAGACUAUGACUGUGUUUAAUGGUUAGAUUUUUCUUGCAUGAUAAGAGCUGUAGAAGAAAUAUGCAAAGGUUAAUGCAGAAAUAGAGAAUGAUCACUGACAUAACAGGUAUGUAGGUGGAAUCUGAUGACAACUUGUGUAACCAUCUGCCGUCAAGAGAAAGCUGUUGAAUGUUGAGGUUUCUGA